GCCUAAUAGUGACCUUUUUGCAAUGUUUCAGCACUAUCAGCCUAUAGCAAUUAUGGUGAACUAGCUGGCUUACAUCGACCUCAAGAACAAGGAUUCAGUAGUUGAUCUACCUUGCGUUUAUAUAUGAUCCAGGGCUCAGGGCGACGGUGCCCCCCCUAGCGUAGGGGGGGACCAUGCAGCCCCGGACCCCUUUUUCAGGCGUGUGCCGGGGGUGGAAGGCCUCAAAAGGGGGCCAAGUGACCUCCGCUCCUUUCCAGCUGCCUGGCUGUUCCCUACAGGCCUCCGAUGUAGGUGGGAGGCUCGAAAAGGGGCCCAAGGGACCGCCUGCGCCCUUCUAGGUGCCUGCCUGUGCCCUAAGUGCCUCCGAUAUGCUUCGCCGCCGCAGCAGUGCGCCGGCUGUGGAGGAAGGCCUCUGGAGGCGGCAAAAUGCGAGGGGCUGGGCCCCCUGAGCCGUGCGGCUUGUACCCUCCGGGCCCUUGGUCAUCGGCUUGCUCGCUCUUGCGACCGUGCGUGGCCGCCUUAGGCGGCCUUUUACCCCGGAGGCCUCCCGCCUGUGAGGGUCAGCAGGGGAGAGGCCAGGAGGCCCCUGAAGAACACGCGGAGAGGCGCAAGGGAACGCCUUCCACCACUAGAAUCUGCGAAAAUCAGCGCGGAAAAGCGCGCGCGAGCCCCCACAGAUCACACCACCGGGGGGAGGGCGCCGCGCAGCCCUGGAACAUAAAAAAAAAUUCAAAGAGGGCUAGAGAGUAAAAUCUGUCGCGAGGGGUGAGCAUGGCGUUUGACUCGCUUGCGAUAAAAUGCGACGGGCUAUGUGUGAAGUUCUUCUGUCUUGCGCGAUGUGAGUGGCGUUAGAGUUAAAUAGUUUAGAUCUUUGCUUCAAUGGAUUAGUAGACUUAUGCCGCGUAAUUAAAAGGGGGAGAGCGUUCCAUCGCUCUCGCGUCCCAUCGCUCUCCCUUACCGAUCCUUUUUUCUCCCGCCCGCUCUUAGCAGAGUAGUGGCUGCCAGGCAUAAGGUAGCCCCUUUUGCAGGAGUAAGGCAAGCCCUCCGGUUUCUGUUUUUCUUUUUGGUUAUUUUUUGGUGAUUGCGGAACGCGGCCGAGGAUUGUGCACGGGGCGAAGCUUGAAGGCCCUUGCUUAGUGUUGUUCCACCAAUGCGAUGAUAUAGCUGGAGAUUGCUUCGUGAUUCUACGUGGGCCGACCUACAUGAACACGCGUGGAUCUAUUUAACUUAGUGGCUCCGCUUUUCGCGCCGUGAGUUCGCCCGUGCAUCACGCACGUGAUCGCUCGCCUGAGCAGAGGCUUGGCCACCGUUCUAGCGUAUCGCGUGUUCGCUUCACAGGGUUUAGCUUUGCUCUCUCGGGGUACGUCAGAUAGUGUCCAUAACGGUUGACUGUUUAACGCAGUAGGAGAGGUCGUUCAUAGCGGUUGCCGUCGUGCUUAACCGUUUGCAUAGCUUUAGUGCUUGGCCGUCGUGCAUCGUUCAGGCUUCCCGCCGGGUAAUUGAAUGUUCGUAGUGCGGGAAAUCGUAGACACAGGUAACAAAAAAAAACUAGAACAGGUAGCACAUGAAUGAAAUCUCAAGUCUGAAAUGAUGCCACUCGAUUACGACUACAUACUUCUUCACGUGAUCAUGCAAAUAUUCACACCUACGAAAAGAAUACAGCGACUAUACUGUAUAGAUAUACCUGUUGGCUGAAAUAGUGAUAGAUGACAUAGGAUUGGGAACAUAAAAAAGAUGCGAAAUCAGGCGGAUUCGAAAACGCGAAAACAUACUAAAGACGUGUUUGAUGUAGAAUAGAGGAGAGGAGAGAGCUCUCAACAUAUCUUCAAGAUAUGCGAUUGCUUGUGGGAGUUGCUCACAAACGCAUUUGCGCUUUGACUUGGAUGAUGAUUAUCAAGCUCGAAGUCAAGUCAUGAGUUGUGAUUGAUGCCGACUGCAUCUAGAGCCUUAAAAAAUAGAAAAUCUUUCAUCGCGCCGUGCACCUGAAUUCAGGUCAUACGAACUUGCACCGGAUCCCCGGCUGCCUUAAAAGGCUUUGAAUGAGAUUAGGAGUCAGAAGCUCUGACCGUGUGGCACCUCACCAUCCACGAUCUUCCUCGGCCGUUUAUACAACCGCAGGAAAUGCAUCAUCCCGUCGAUGGCCUAGUGUGGUCGUUCGGGAUGCAGUAUGAUGAAUUUGCACGCGCAAAAUUGUCGAAGUCGAUGAAUGCGCGUUAUGUUGGG